AUUUUGGCAUUUGACUGAUAAUGAAGGAAAUGUAUUUGGACAUAAGAUUUGGUGUGAAAUUAACGUUGAAGCCGAUGACCAAUCAUCGAGCAUGUCUUCCUCAAUGAUUUUCCCGGUUUUGAAUUAUGAUCAAAAGUUAUCCCAAUCUGCAUCCGGUUCUGUUCAAUCUCCAGUUUCUACUGCCGAAGAUGAUGACAAUGCUCCACUCCAAAAUUUAGUUAAACCUAUCGUUACUGAAUUACAAACCGAGAUCGUAGAUCUCGAAAGUACUUCAGAAUUAAAUUCUGAACUUUUUAAUUCUGAUGAUGAUGAAUCUGAUACUUCAUCUAUUGUUUCUGAUUCUUCCCAAGAUUUUAUUGUUGUCGAUAAAGAUUCUGAUGAUGAUGAGAUGGAAAAUAGUUUUAUAAAUUCAGAGGUGAGAUCCUCGCUCCCUAAUUCACUUGUUAUGUCUUCUUGUGGAGAUAACACCAGUGUUUAUGAUGAUUUUAAAGAUGAACCGACAGAAGAAUUAAAGUACCAAGAGGAAAUUUCCAGAUUAGCUGAAAUGGGUUUUACCGAUACUGAGACAACAUACAAUCUUUUACUUGCCUAUGACGGUAAUAUUGAUAAA